AUGGUCAGCUUCAAAUACUUAGGCGCUCUAGUCAGCGCCGCUCCGGCUCUGGCAGCCUUUGGCACUUCUACUAGCGGAAACAACCUCAUCGUCGACUCUGGUAGCUCCAACGGCUUUUCCGUCAGUAUCAGCAAGAGCGAUUGCUCUAUUAACUCGAUCAAGUAUCGUGGAAAUGAGUACCAGUACAAGUCUCAGACUUCGCACAUCGCGUCCGGUCUUGGAUCAGCCAGUGUCCAGUCCACCGUUCUCAACAACAAGUACAUCAAGGUCACUUGUACCGCCAAGUCUGGCGAUUUCGACUUGACCCACUACUACGUUGUUCAAAACGGCCAAAGCAACGUCUACAUGGCCACCGACACCAAAUCUCAGCCCAAGAUCGGCGAACUACGCUACAUCGCCCGUCUGGACCGAUCUCUUCUUCCCAACGAGAUCCCCUUCGGCGAGGUCUCUAACACUUCGGGCGGUUCAGCUAUUGAAGGCUCUGAUGUCUUCAACGUCAACGGCCAGACCCGCGCCAAGUUCUACUCUUCUCAGCGCUUCAUCGACAACGAUGUCUGGUGUUUCCAGAGCAGUGGCAAGGAUGUUCACGCUUGUAUGGUCACCCAUGCUUCGCGAUCUUAUGAGAAGAGCUCUGGCGGUCCUUUCUUUAGGGAUAUCAACAGCAACAACAACGGUGGAUUCAGCGCUCUUACUUUCUACAUGAACUCUGGUCAUGCUCAGACCGAGGCAUUCCGUCAAGGUUUCCAUGGACCUUAUGCUCUGUCCUUCUCUCGCUCUGGUGUCCCCAAGGCGAAGGACUUCGACAUGACUUUCUUCAAGGAUCUUUCCAUCUCUGGCUACUCUGCUGACUCCUCUCGCGGCCGCGUCAGUGGUACUGCUACUGGUGUUCAAUUGGGAUUCCAGGGUGUUGUUCACUGGUUCAACAAGGACUUCCAGUACUGGGCUUACACUUCAUCCAACGGCGCUUUCACCUCUCCCUUCAUGGUCCCUGGUACCUACACCCAAGUUCUCUACCAGGGUGAGCUCAAGGUUGCCUCUAAGAGUGUGAGCGUUUCUGCCGGUAACACAGCUUCAUCUUCCAUCGCUGCCGACUCAGACAUCACCACUGGAAAGCACACCUCUGUCUUCCGCAUCGGAGACUGGGACGGUCAACCCAAGGGUUUCCGCAACGCUGAUAAGCAGCUCCGUAUGCAUCCCAGCGACAAGCGCAUGGCUAGCUGGGGUCCUCUCACCUACACCGUCGGCUCCAGCUCAGUAGGAGACUUCCCUAUGGCUAUCUUCAAGGCUGUCAACAACCCUGUUACUAUCAAGUUCAAUCUCCCCUCUGCCAUCUCUGGCCAGGCUACUCUCCGUAUCGGUACCACCCUUGCCUUUGCCAGCGGUCGUCCUCAGGUCACCAUCGGUAGCUUCAAGAAGGCCUUCGAUGCCCCUACUAAGAUCGAUUCGCGAGGUGUCACCCGUGGUGCUUACCGUGGCCAUGGCGAGGUUUACGAUGCUGUUAUUCCUGCUGGUACGCUCAAGCAAGGUUCCAACACCAUCACUAUUGAGGUUAUCUCUGGUAGCUCUGGUGCUGACUUCCUGAGCCCCAACUUUAUCUUUGAUGCCGUUGAGCUCUUCCAUUAA